AUGGAUGCUGGUGUUAUGCAGGACAUCGACGUCUACCCAGCUACCGACGCCAAGGCCAUUGAGACACUCUUCCAUAAUUCCUCAGACUACAUCGAGCAACUCUCAUCAAUCAACUUCUGGGACGACCUGGACCGCUCCGCCGACUCCAGCUUUGUAAACUCUGCUGCUGCAUCUGUUUCGCUCCAGACACCAAGCACUGCUGCUGACUCCCCGGCUUCGACCUCAUCGCUUGACCAGCACAGCCAUUCAGCCUGCAACUCACACAAGCACAAGAUCGCUGGGAGGUCCGCCCCACGAAAGAGAAGGUGCUCCGACAACAAGAAGUCCAAGUUCAGCCAGGACCCGUCUACCUUGGACUGCUCCGACUACUGGCUUCGCUUCGACAGCGACAACGAGAGUCUAGACCCACUGUUCGAAGACGACACUCGGGAGAGCUCGCACGUCAGCUCGCCGGAGCCAGCUCUACCACUGUCAAGGACAAGAACAGUCGGUCGACCCGGCAGCAUCAGCAAAGUGGCUCUUCCGCUCACGGCAAGCGAUCUAAUCGACGAUAGCGCUCUAGAUCACGCGCUGUCGGAUGAGGAUGACCUUUUCUCCAUGGCUCUUGCCGAACAACUAACCAAGAACGAGUCGGCACCCGUGCCUUCGGAAGUGCCUCCACGAGAGAGGCUCUACUCAACACCACUCAGUUGGGAACCACCGCAACCGGGAUACCACAUGGACUACAUGAACGUCGCGCCGUUCAGCGACCCAGAGCGCCAAAGGCUUUUGGCAAUUGCCCUGGGCACGGGGCAAUCAGGAACUCAAGCAGGCUCGCGGCCAGCCACCGGGAUGGACUUUCACUUCGAGAUCAAACAGAGCCCGACAACGAUGAGCGAUACCACCUGCAAUACCCCUGAGCCACGGACCAAGAGCAUUGCAUCGAGACCAGCACCGCCUUCGCGAACCAACUCGGCUGACGCAGUGAACAAAAUGAAGGAGAAGCCGAAAAACAACGACAGGGCGGCACAUAAUGACAUCGAGAGGAAGUACCGUACCAAUCUCAAGGACAAGAUUGCUGAGCUACGUGACGCAAUCCCCUCUUUGCGGUCCCUACCCAAAGACGACGGAGACAAGUCGCCCGUCAACUCUUCAAGGACUGCACCAAAAGGUACGGUGCUGACGAAAGCAACCGAGUACAUCCACCAACUUGAGCGGAGAAAUCGAUCAAUUGCCCAGAAGAACGACGAAUUGGCCCGGAGGCUACAGGCAUUUGAGCAAUUAGUCGGUGCAGUACCUGGCGCGGGUUGGCAGCCCCAGGGCUAUGGGCAAGCCGUCUUCAACCCACGCUUCUCUUAG